CAAGGUUAUUAUGACAGAUACAGUUCGCGUUUUAUCAUCAAAAGAUAUUAAUCAAUUACUACGACAAGGUGAUUUAGAUUCGGCAAAUCAAGUGAUUGACUUGAUGGCAGUGACUUUUGAAACUUAUACAAAAGCACACCAAUCUGGAAACACUCAUUAUGCUCAAGCACCACAACGUAUUGGUGUCCACACAGAUAAUCAUUAUGCUUUAUUUAUGCCAUCUCGACUACAACAAACUACAGCCAUCAAGGUGGUCAGUGUCCCUACAAACGAUGGAAAAGGCGGAUUACCUGCAACAAUUAUGGUGUUAGAUGAAACUAAUGGAAGUGUACAAGCUAUUAUGAAUGCAGCUGCCUUGACUGCUGUACGUACUGCUGCUGGUUCGGGUGUGGCAACACGUUACUUUGCUAAUCCACAAGCGAAUCGACUGGUUAUAUUUGGCGCUGGAGCACAAGCACGAGCACAUAUUGACAUGAUGAUUGCUGCACGACCUAGUAUAGAACAUAUCACGAUUUGGAACCGAGGACAAGAAAGAAGGGAAGCAUUGGUCAAAUUGAUGCAACAAGCCUAUCCUACACGCACCUUUGUUGGCAUUAAGAGUGAUGAUGAUGAUUUAUUGGAACAAGCUGUACAUCAAGCACAUAUCAUUUGUACUUGUACCAAUGCAACCAAUCCUGUUCUUUUUGGCAAGUGGCUAUCUCCAGGAACUCAUAUAAAUUGUGUAGGCUCUUACCGUAUGGAUAUGCAUGAAGUCGAUACUGAAACUGUGAAACGUGCUACCAAUAUCAUUGUGGAUUCUAUUGCAGCUUGUAGUCAUGAAGCAGGAGAAUUGGUCAAAUCAUCAUCAAAGGAACAAUGGACUGAAAUAGGAGACAUCAUCCAACAACAACAACAACAAAAAGUACAACAUGAUCCUCAUGGUAUAUCUCUUUUCAAAAGUGUUGGUAUCAGUGUUCAAGAUAGUGCUGUGGCUGGUUUGAUACUCGACAAGGCCAAACAAGAAGAUCUUGGAUCAUCUGUCCCUUUCUAGUUUAGUUUUAGAUGAGUAUUUUAUUAAUCUUGAUUUGAUUAACUAAUAAUAAUAAAAUAUAUAUAUAUAUAUC